AGGAAAUGAGAGGGGAGACAACUAAGGCAGAGGUUUGCACCUGUGUCUGGACAUUUUCAUAAAGCCGCAGGGAUAUUCUAUAAAUGCUGCAAUUGAAAACUUUCUUCACCAUGUUUGCAGCUUCUCUGAUUUUAAGGACAUGAUAGAAGAAGAGUGUUGCCAUGUCGCUGAAUGAGACUGGAGCCCAGACACUGGCCCCAGAGCCAUGUGAGCAGCAGAUACUACAUGAAGAAAACAACUCUGGAAGUGGGAGUGGGAGUUCCACCAGCAACCUGUCCCUACAUUGCUGGCUGCAGCUCCUUACCAGGGAAUCUAUUGUGGAAUUACAAGGAGACAGCUCCAGUUUUGUGGUGCGUGUGAUGAUAGCGUGUGUGUACUCUAUAGUCUGUGCUCUUGGGUUGGUGGGGAACUCACUGGCUCUAUAUCUGCUCCAUUCCCGCCACAGGCAGAAGCAGUCAUCCAUAAACUGCUUUGUGAUGGGGCUGGCAAUCACAGACCUGCAGUUUGUUCUGACUUUACCCUUCUGGGCCGUGGACACAGCACUGGACUUCCGCUGGCCUUUUGGCCGGGUCAUGUGUAAAAUCAUUAGCUCUGUCACCACCAUGAACAUGUAUGCCAGUGUGUUUUUUCUGACAGCAAUGAGCGUGGCAAGGUAUUACUCCAUCUCCACUGCUCUGAAGAUGAACAGUCGGAGGACAGCUGCAGCCAGGGCUAAGUGGACCAGCCUUGGGAUCUGGGCUGUCUCUCUGCUGGCUACUUUACCCCAUGCCAUCUACUCCACCAGUGCUGAGGUGUCGGAUGAGGAGCUCUGCCUGGUCCGCUUUCCAGACUCGGGCAGCUGGGAUCCACAGCUCCUUUUGGGUUUGUACCAACUGCAGAAGGUCCUCCUGGGGUUCCUUAUUCCUCUAAUCAUCAUUACUGUCUGUUACCUGCUGUUGCUGCGGGUCAUCCUCAGUCGUCGCAUUACAGGAGCAGCAGAUCCAGAGGUCACCCAAGGCCGUUUGAACCGGCGCUCCAAAGUCACCAAAUCCAUUGCCAUAGUGGUUUUGUCUUUCUUUCUUUGCUGGCUACCCAAUCAGGCUCUGACACUCUGGGGGGUUCUCAUAAAGUUUGACCUUGUUCCAUUUAGCAAGGCGUUCUACAACGUCCAGGCCUACGCCUUCCCCCUUACCGUGUGCCUGGCGCACACCAACAGCUGUCUCAACCCUGUGCUCUACUGCCUGGUUCGCCAGGAGUUUCGAGCAGGGCUCAAGGAGCUUCUUCUCCGUGCUACCCCAUCCUUCAGGAGCUUGACUCAUCUUCUGCGUCGCAAGACUAAAGUGGCUGAGGCGCCACCCGUUCUGGUGUUGGUCCAGAUGGAUGUCUGAGCGUGACGAGGGGCAUACACUGUGACAAAGAAACUACAGGAGAGAAUUACUCAGAGACUGUACUCUGUGUAUUGAUGUGGAGCAGUUUUCUGAGGUAUUGAAUUUAUUCCAGCUUUUCCAAAAUAAAUAAAAAAAUCUAAUUUCUCUGGUUUUUGAAAACAACAUAAUCACAGUGGAUUAUGCUGAGGGAUCUGUACCAAUUUCACUGCAU